CGGCCUCUUGUUUUUGUUUAGAACAGCAGCUUCAGUAUUGCGAAUCUCUAAAAACUGAAUUGAAGUUCUCUUAGGUUAAAUUAAAUUAAUCUUAACUUGAACGGCGAAUAAAAACGUAUUAUCUAACAAAGAACUGACAGCGAUACGGCGAUGGAAGGAGCAUCAAAGUUUUUAAAAGGAGUGCUUGGCGAUAUAAGCACCCGUUCAGCUUACUCGCAGCUGCUGAUAGGUGUAUCAUCAGGAUGGGCGACUGGGUACACAACAAUGAAAUUUGGAAAGUUCGCGGCCUUUGCUAUUGGCGGAAGUAUUAUCUUAAUAGAAAUUGCACACCAGGAAGGAUUCAUUAAAGUCGACUGGCCGAAGUUAACUAAAGGUGUUGACAAACUAGCUGAUAAGGUUGAGGAAUCAAUAUCAGGCAGAGAUCAAAAUUGGUUAGAUAAGACGGAAAGAUAUGUGGAUCGCAAACUGGACCGAGUUGAGAAUACACUCAAAGGCAAAUCAAAUAAAGUGAAGAAAUGGUACGCCAAAUAUAUUGGAGACGAAGAUGGGCCAAAAAUCAAUGAUCUUCAUAUAUUUUUAACCGCAUUCGUUGGAGGAAUUGCCUUGGGCAUUGCAUCUGGAUAAUUAAAUAUUUAAAUAAUGUAUUAUGUGUUAACUAAGGCAAAUGCAAAUUCGUUUCGGUUCUCAUAAAGCAAAUAAAUCAUAUGCUUAAACCGAUUUCAUAUUAUA